AUGGCCAAAGUUUUCUCCCGCGACGAGGUGGCCAAGCACACCUCCGAAGACUCGAUCUGGUGCAUCAUCGAUCACCGCGUCUAUGAUCUGACCGAUUUCCUCGAUGCGCACCCUGGCGGCAGCGUGGUGCUGGCCCAGGUGGCGGGCAAGGACGCCACGGCCGACUUCUACAACCUCCAUCGCCAGGAAGUGCUAGAUAAAUACCGCGACGAGCUCUGCGUUGGCACCGUCGCCGGUGAGACCCCCGAGGUCACGAGCCCCGAACCCGGCAGUCUCAGCCCUGUUCCCUAUGCCGAACCCCUGUGGUUGCGCCCACAGUUCAAGAGCCCCUACUACAAGGACAGCCAUCGUCGCUUGCAGCGUGCCGUGCGCGAGUUCACUGAUCGCUACGUUACCCCCGAGGCGCAGGAGAAGGAGAAGGACGGUACAUACAUCAGCCAAGAGUUGAUUGAUCGCAUGGCGGAGACAAACGUCCUGGCUAUGCGCCUGGGCCCGGGAAAGCAUUUGCAUGGUCGGAAGUUGCUGGGAGGCGUCGUGGACGGGGAAGAGUUCGAUUACCUGCAUGACAUGAUCGUGUCUCAGGAGCUAGUCAGAGCCAAUGCGCGAGGCUUCCAGGACGGAAACAUGGCCGGAAUGGCUAUUAGUCUAACGGCUGUCCAGCAGUGGCUCCCCAACGCUCCUCUUCGCGAGAAAAUUACGGCAGAGGUCUUGUCGGGCAAGAAGAAGAUGUGUUUGGCUAUUACCGAGGCAUUUGCGGGCAGUGAUGUGGCUGGUCUUCGCACCACGGCCGAAAAGACCCCUGAUGGCAAGCACUAUAUUGUCAACGGCACCAAGAAAUGGAUCACGAACGGCAUGUUCGCCGACUACUUCGUCACGGGCUGUCGCACGGAGAAGGGAUUCUCGGUGCUUCUGAUCCCCCGCGAUGAGAACGUGGAGACCAAGCAGAUCAAGACAUCCUACUCGACCACCGCAGGUACGGCGUUCGUGCAGUUUGAGAAUGUCAAGGUCCCCGUGGAGAACCUGCUGGGUGAGGAGCACAAGGGCUUCAUUGUCAUCAUGAGCAACUUCAACCACGAGCGAUUCAUGAUGGCCAGUGGUGUGAUUCGCAUGUCGAUGACCGUGGUCGAAGAGUGCCUGAAAUGGUGCAACCAGCGUUUGGUCUUUAGCAAGCAAUUGAUCGAGCAACCGGUCAUGCGACAAAAGCUCGCCCGAAUGAUCUCUCUGUGUGAAUCUAACCAGGCUUGGUUGGAAUCCAUUGCUUUCCAGAUGUGCAAUAUGACGUAUGCCCAGCAGGCCGCGAACCUGGGUGGACCGAUCGCUCUGCUCAAGUCGCACGCUACUCGGUCGGCGCAGGAGAUCGCUGAUAUGGCCACCAACAUCUACGGCGGUCGUGGAAUCACCCAGAGUGGCAUGGGCAAGGUUGUUGAGAUGUUUCACCGCACUUACAAGUUCGACGCGAUUCUGGGAGGAACGGAAGAGAUUCUGGCUGACUUGGGGGUGCGGCAGGCAAUGAAGAAGUUUCCCAAGGCCAUGUUGUAA